AUGUCACAGAACUCACAUCAAGUAUAAUUCAUAUAGGAACAAAAUCUCCUCAUCCCUGCAUUUCUACAGCUCCGAGGUCUUGUGAAGCAGCAUAUUGACUCUUAUGAUUAUUUCUUAACCACUGAUAUAAAACAAAUAGUAUCAUCGCCUUCGAAUUGCUGUGUGUUAUCAGAUUACAACCCUGAUUUCUAUUUAAAGUAUAAAGACAUCAGAGUGCUGAUGCCUUCUAUUGAAGAGGAUGCAGUAAUAUCUUCAAUCACCCCACAUGAGUGCAGAUUGAGGGAUUUGACAUAUGCUGCGCCAAUUGAGGUGGACAUUGAAUAUAUUAAGGGAAACAAAAUUAUAUGUAGAAGUGGCUUGGAGAUAGGGAUGAUGCCUAUCAUGCUUGGCUGCUGUAACUGUGUUCUAACUCCCCAAUUCUUGAUCCAAAGAUUCCAUUGAAAAAUUUCUUAAAGUCGAAAAUUAACCCUAUACUUAAGAAUAAUUUCAUAAUAAUAAAUCUUCGAAAAUAUUACAGUAUAAUCACAGUUCAUUAUUCUAAUUCGAUUUUUAGUAUAGUCAGUGUCACUAACUAUAUAUUGCUAAUAAUUACAUACUCUAUCUAUAUCGCCAAGUGCAUAAAAUAUUUUAUAUUAGAAAAAUUAUAUGUAAAAAUUUUUCUGUUAAUAUAAAUUUUUUCCAAAAAUGUUUUUUAUAUCAUCCUUAGCAGAACGAUGAUGGUUUUUUCUAUCAAGGAUGGGGAAUAAGAAACAAGUCAGAAGAAGAACUUGCAAAAAUGCUGGAAUGUCCUUAUGACCCUCGUGGAUAUUUCAUCAUCAAAGGCGUUGAAAAGGUCAUUUUAAUCCAAGAACAAGCCUCAAAAAAUAGGAUUAUAGUAGAAAUUGACAGCAAAAACAAUGUUGUCGCACAAGUGACUAGCUCUACACAUGAAAAGAAAUCAAGAACAGUAGUGCAGUCAAAAGGUUCAAAAAUUUAUAUGAAGCAUAACACGUUAUCAGAGGAUAUUCCAAUUGCCAUUGUUUUCAAAGCACUUGGUGUGCAGGCUGAUCAAGAAAUCUUUCAGCUAGUAGGAACACAAAAGCAAUAUAUUGAUGCACUAGGAAUGUCUCUACAAGAAUGUAGUAUUUUAAAUAUUUUGACAGAAAAACAAGCUUUAAGGUUCAUUGGGUCCAAAAUAAAAAACAGCAAAGCUGCAAAAACAGGAAGAACAAAAAUAGAGGAAGCAAGAGACGUGCUAGCAACUGUAGUACUGUCCCAUGUUCCUUGCGAAAAUUAUGAUUUUAGAGCAAAAAUCAGAUAUCUAGGCAUUAUGGUAAGAAAAGUCAUUGAUGCUAUGAAUGAUCCUAAAAAAGUUGAUGAUAGAGACUACUAUGGAAAUAAAAGACUUGAGCUUGCUGGACAACUUGUGGGGCUUCUGUUCGAAGACCUUUUCAAACGUUUUAACAGUGACAUCAAAAAGCAUGUUGACAAGAUUUUUUCUAAGCCAAAAUCUUCCAAAGGAGAGCCAUUUGAUGUAAUCACUGCAAUGAACAAAAAAAUGAUCACAGAAGGACUGAAUAACGCUAUUUCUACUGGAAAUUGGUCACUCAAAAGAUUCAAAAUGGAGAGAGCAGGGGUCACUGAGGUCCUAUCAAGGCUUUCUUAUAUGUCAGCUUUAGGGAUGAUGACUAGAAUUAAUAGUCAAUUUGAAAAAACCAGAAAAAUUUCGGGACCAAGGUCUCUGCAGGGCAGUCAGUUUGGGAUGAUAUGUCCUUCUGAUACCCCAGAAGGUGAAUCCUGUGGGCUUGUAAAAACUCUUGCCUUGACCACCCAUAUUACUAUAGAUCAGCCUGAAGAGCAGAUUUCUAAGCUUGCUUUUUCUUUAGGUGUUGAAGACGCAUCAUUAUUUUCUGGGGAUGAACUGUAUUCUCCAGGCGUUUUCAGAGUCUUUUUGAACGGCCAACCUUUAGGUGUCCAUAGAGACGCAGAUUUUUUGAUCAACAGUUUGAGAGAAAUCAGGAGAAAAGGAAAAAUAAGUGAGUUUGUAAGUGUCGUUAAGGUAGAAGAGGAGCAGCAGAUCCAUAUAGCAUGUGAUGGAGGAAGAUUAACCAGACCAUUUAUUAUUAUAGAAAAAUGCAAAUCCAAGGUUGAGCCAAAACACAUAAAAGAGCUCACCCUUGGACUAAGGAAUUUUGAUGAUUUUGUAAAUGAAGGACUUGUGGAAUAUUUAGAUGUAAAUGAAGAAAAUAAUGCUGUGAUUGCAAUGCGGCAUGAAAAUAUAUCAGAAGAUACCACACAUUUAGAAAUUGACCCCUUUACUAUAUUAGGCUGUGUGGCUGGGCUUAUUCCUUGGCUCCAUGUCAAAUAGCAGCGUAUUUUUCAUCGAAGCGCAUUUGAUCAAAAAAUUUUAAAUAAUGCGACAUUUGGUCGAAAAUUUUUAAAUAGUGCAACAUUUGGUCUAAAUUUAACUUUUUUUUCGUCAAAUGCCCACUAUAAAAAAUUUCAAUCAAUUUUCUACAAAAUGUACUUCGUGAAAGUGCACACUGUUAAAAGUGCACAAUCAUUGGACCUUCACCCUAUUCCUUAUCCUCACCAUAAUCAGAGUCCUAGAAAUACUUAUCAAUGUGCUAUGGGCAAGCAAGCUUUAGGGAUUAUUGGCUAUAACCAAUUCUUGCGAGUAGAUACUGUAUUAUAUUUAUUAGCAUACUCACAAACACCUAUGGUAAGGACAAAGACCAUUGAAAUCGUUAAUUACGACAAGCUACCUGCAGGCCACAACGCAUCAGUUGCAGUUAUGUCUUAUUCUGGCUAUGAUAUAGAAGAUGCUAUUAUUCUUAAUAAGGCUUCUUCUGAAAGAGGAUUUGGCCGCUCGCUUAUAGUAAAACGUCAAAACUCUGAUUUGAGAAGAUAUAAUAAUGGGCUAUCUGAUAGACUGGUAAUGCCACCAGUUAUCCAUGGUGAUAACCCUCCUCCUUCAAUUAAAAAAUUCCAUGCAUUGGAUAAAGGAGGAAUUGUAGCAGUUGGGUCAAUUGUUCAGACAGGAGAUGUGCUAGUUAAUAAAGAAACUCCUGUUAAUAAAGUUGACGAUAUCGAAAUGAGUAAGCUAACUGAUAACGAUUUCAAACCUUCUUUCACCUGCUUUAAAGGUCCAAACCCUACACAAGUCAACAGGCUGUUCAUAGCUUGCAAUCCAGAAGAGCCAUUUUUAAUUAAAACAGUCACAAUUGAAACGAGGCCGCCUGAGCUUGGGGAUAAGUUCAGCUCAAGACAUGGACAAAAGGGUGUAGUUGGACUCAUUGUGCAGCAAGAAGACAUGCCUUUUAACGAGCAAGGGUGGUGCCCUGAUAUGAUUAUGAAUCCUCAUGGGUUCCCAUCUCGUAUGACUGUAGGGAAGCUUAUAGAGCUUGUAGCAGGAAAAUCAGGGGUUUUCCAAGGAAAAUUCAAAUACGGGACAGCUUUUGCUGGAGACAAAGUUAUAGACUGCGGAGAAAUUUUGGUGAAAAAUGGCUUCAACUAUACAGGAAAAGAUGUUUUGAUGUGUGGAACCAGCGGAGAGCUUGUUGGGGCUUAUAUAUUUUCGGGGCCACUUUAUUACCAAAAAUUGAAGCAUAUGGUUGCUGAUAAGAUGCAUGCAAGAGCUAUCGGACCUAAAACUGCGCUAACAAGGCAGCCAACAGAGGGAAGAGCGAGAGAAGGAGGGCUAAGAUUAGGAGAAAUGGAAAGGGACUGCUUAAUUGGCUAUGGUGCAGCUUCGCUUAUCCAAGAAAGACUUAUGUACUCGAGUGAUGUUUUUAUAGCUUCAGUAUGUGAGUCAUGUGGGAAUUUAGGCUACGAGCAAUGGUGCCAGUUUUGCAAGUCGCGGCUCAAUAUUGUCAAAGUGAAAAUGCCUUAUGCUUGCAAGAAAUAAAUGUGACGUUUACGGAAAAUUGGACUCCGAGGCGCACUCCCUAUGGACUAAGUAGGUCCCAUCCUGAUGAAAGCUGAAAGCAGGACCCCUGUCCCUUUCGAAGUAGGUCUUAAGUUUUGGGGAUGCCUUGCCAAGAGGAAAGUUUUGUUUCUCCCCGAUGAUUUUCCAGUCCAUGCCGGAAGGGUCAGACAGGCGUUUGCCUACCACAUGGUCUUCCCUUGUCGAGACCAUUGGGCACUCUACAGGCGGUUGCUCUGCCCUAGGGAGCUAAUCCCUUGUAUAGAUGUUCAGAUCGGAAAUUCAAAUGGCAGCUUUUCUUUCCCUCUUUUGUCUCGCAAGACGAGGAGGAGGCUGUAUUGAAGCCGAAACAAGUCGAAGGCUAGUGGGCUUGCCCGCUUAUAGCCAGUUGAUCUUUUAAUUUAAUUUAUGCUUGCAAGCUAUUAUUCCAAGAAUUGCAAGCCAUGAAUAUUCGACCUAAGUUAAAUUUAUCCAGUUCUUAA